AGCAUGUAUCAAUUCCAGAAGAAAUCAGUCCAGUUUCAUCCAUGCGAAAAGAUGAGAUAAUUGCUGACCUACCUGCUUUACCUUAUAUAUCAGAAAUUGAGGUGCUGGAUAGUAUUAAUGAUAUUGACACUAAAGCCUUAGCAUAUGCUUGGAAGCGAGAAGAGGGUUUACACCUAGAUGAAUAUAAUAAAGAGCUAGGCUUAGCUUUCGAAUACAGUGGUAAUCAAUAUUAUCAAAUUGUGCCUUUUUUUCACCUGCAAAGACAGAUGAAUCUAGAUGCACAAAUCUGGCGUGAUUGA